AUGUCAUCCAUCAUACCCACACCCACACCCACAUCCACAAAUCCCGCCAAGGGCACAUGCACCGUCCUCCUCUUCGCCUCGGCGAGCACCUUCGCGGGCGGCGUGGAGACAGUCCGCAUCCCCGUGCCGACGACGCUGCGCGGGGUGUUCGCCGCGCUCGAGGCCCGCUUCCCCGGCAUGCGCGACAAGGUGGUCGGCAGCGCGGCGGUGACGGUGAACCUCGAGUACGUUGAUUUUGAUUUCGAGGCGCUGCUGGUGGACGACAAGGCCACUACCCACCAAGAAGAAGGUCCAGGUGGCGGCGGCGAAGGGCUGGAUCUGGUCAUCAGAGACGGCGAUGAAGUCGGGAUCAUCCCCCCCGUGAGUAGUGGGUAG